AUAUAAACAGUUUGUUCGCAAGGAGCUGAUAACGAUAAGCAUAGGUCAUAGAUUUGUACUUCAUCAAUUUUCUCCUGUUUUAUUGGUGUAGCUAACCCAAAUCACAAAACAAAGAACCCAUCGCAAUAAAUCACAACGAGGUUUUCAGAACAAUCACCAUACAUAAACAGAAUGUUUCGCAGAUUUAGUAGUCUGCCAAGGCGCCACCAAUCAGACCAGACUGAUAUAAACCUACUUUUACUAGGCGAAACUGGCGUGGGAAAAUCUACUUUUAUCAACUCGAUAUCAAACUAUUUCAAAUACCCAACUUUCAGAGCAGCCUAUGAAGGCAAAAUCGACGUGUUAAUACCAGUCUGCUUAAACUUGUCAAACGGUAAUAAAGUAUAUGGCCGCCUGGACGAAGACGAAAGCCACGAAUAUGGCCAAUCUGCGACACAGUUGGUUAAAGUUUACUCAUUCCCGAUACAAAUAAACAACAGAGUAUUAAAUUUGAAAAUAGUCGAUACUCCAGGAGUUGGAGAUCCUAGAGGAAUCGAACAGGACAAUAUCCACAUAGACAACAUCCUAUCAUACUUAUCAACAUUGAAGAAACUCCACGGAAUUUGUUUUGUGAUGAAAGCAAACGCAACCAGAUUUACGAGCUUUGUCGAGUACUGUUUAAAACAAAUAUUGACUCGCCUGGAAAAAAGCGCAAGUGAAAACAUUAUUUUUAUUACUACGUACAGCAAGAAUAGUCAGUACAGCGCAGGAGAAGCUAAAUAUCAUUGCUUGCAGCCGCUGAUUCGCAGUAUCAAAGCUAAACCACCACACGUUGAUAUUCCUUUAAACGAGAACAACGUCUUUGCUUUAGACAACGAGGCGUUUAAAGCACUACUGGAAAUUCAAGAAGGACAGAAGUUCAGUCCGUAUGAAAUUAGGUGCUUUGCUGAAAGUUGGAAGGUCUCUUUGGAAGAAUGUCGUCGAUUAUUAAUUUAUGUUGCUGGAGAUGGUAGAAUUCCUCCACUAAUGCCCCACAAUGUCGAAAAUACAAUGGCUGUUAACGAAGCACGCUUUCUAAUUGAACAACUGGCAACUCCGCUUGCCGAAAUAUCUGAGCUAAUACAAGACAAUUUGCUUCAGCUCGAUCGUCACAAAAUGAACUUGAGUGUUGAAAAUCAAAGUCUGAAUGAACUGAAACAAAAACUCUACAUACCUUGUGUAGACCUAGAGGUGAAAGUGUUAAACCAACCCAUUACAGUUUGUACGAAUACCAAAUGCGCGGAAGUGCUUAAGGUCGACAACGUCACCCAAUGGCAUUACCAGCAAAUAUGCCACGAACCCUGUUUCCUGGAAGGAGUUCCAAGAGAAAUGGUCGGAGACCCAGGACUUACCAAUUGCGUAGCAAUGAACUUUGGCAAUUCUUGCAUAGAGUGUGGUUGUAACUGGAGACAUCACAUGCACAUAUACAAAACCACCGAAAAAAUACAGGUCCAAAAAGAAGACCAAAAGGUACGACAUGCUAUUAAAGAUAAAGAAGACGCUCGUGUUCGUAUCCAAAAACUGAUGAAAAAGUUGAACAGACGGAUGAAAGAAUUGGAAAAUGAGAGCCAAGUUAUUUCUGAAAGUAUUGCUAAGUUUUCUUGGUUUCUGCAGGAGCACGCUUUAACGCCGUUUAACGAUGCGUAUGGAGAUUAUAUUCAACAGCUCAUCACAAAUGAGAAAUUUCUUGGGAAGUGCGGUGACCCGUCAGUAACCGCGAAACUUGAAAAGUUAUUGGGCAAACACCAAAAUUUGCAGAAAAUGUUUCAGAAAGGAGCACAGAUGUCUGAUUUCAUGUCUGUGCAGCACGAUCUAAGUGUUGAGGGAAUUAAACGAAGUAUAAGUCAAUUAUACAAACUAAAACAUAUGGGACGAAAAAUCGAAGAACUUAUUUGGAAAUCGACAGGUUCUGGCGAUAGGAAUAUACAGCAGAAAUUCAAGUGUGUGGUUUCGAAAAGAAAUAAUUCUAGACGUGAUAAUAAUCAAGUUGGAGAAACUUCUACAAGUGAAUACUAUUUUAGUACUCAAUCUUCUAGAAGUCGAUCUUAUGACUCUAACAAAACUGAUUCAAGUGGGUAUAGUUUUAGUAUCUCUACAGGAUACUCGUCUGAUAGCUCAAGCGCAGAUAGCAGUCAGUCGUCUUGGACAGAUAUAGAUGACGACGAAGACUUUAGUAAUUCAGACGAAUCACUCGAAGGAAAUGUUGAAAGAAAACCCACUUCGGGUGACAAAAUAUCUGAAAAGUCUGGAGGUGAAUAUUUUUUUAAUGUGGGUAAAUAUUCGAUAGAUGAACUUAACAGACUAAGACUAAAUUAACCAUCUGAGAUACUGUUUAAUUUUCUCGGAGACCUCUGCAAAUUAUGGAAAAUGAUUUAUGUCUAAAUAAACUAUUGUUUAUAAAUGAUUAACUUUUAAUUUUAUUUGACACCAAAACAAAAUAAACAUGUAACAGAUUA